CGAAGUAUUUGUACUUCGUUACUUCCCAUCUCUGUUUAUUAUAGUCUAUUUAUCAGUCACAGGGGCCAAAUGUCUGCAGAAUUAAUGCCCUGUGUCUUUUAUUUACUCCUUAUUUCUUUGAUCUGUAAAGCACUUUGUAAGAACAGUUUUAAAAGUGCUGUUUCAAUAAAAUAAGUUGCCCUGCUGGUAUCAAACAGACACAGUGUUUGUCUUGAUGUGAAGAAGCUGUCCUAGAGAAAAUAUAAAAACUGUCCUGAUAAUGGGGUUGCUUAUCUUAGCAGUGUUAGCUUCAACUGUGACCUAAAAUGGAUCGAAAUGACUCCACAUGCAAAUUAAUUAUUUCAUCUUUGUUCUAAUCUUUACUUUAGUUGAAACACACAGUGAAACCUGUGCUGUCCCUUUAAGAGAAACCUCCUCCUGUUUGAAAGUAUGAAAGCCUGAUAACUCCUCCCUCUUCUUCCUGAUCUCAAACACAGGCAGCUCCACGCUGAGCACAUGUUGCCUUGUUCCCUCCAACUCACUGAAGUCUGAAGCAAGGAAACGAAAGAUUCAAAGUUCAGUUUUGAGUCUGAGCAGACAGACUUCAUAUUUCUGUUCAGAGAAACUCUCAACCAGUCACUGCCAGGAGGUGAAAUGGCGCAGAAAAGAGUCAAGCUGGACUGGGAAAGCUUCUCUUGUUCAAUCUGUCUGGAUCUACUGAAGGAUCCGGUGACUACUCCAUGUGGACACAGCUACUGUAUGAACUGUAUUAAAGCUCACUGGGAUGGAGAGGAUGAAAACCAAAUCUACAGCUGUCCUCAGUGUAGGGAGAUUUUCCCACCGAGGCCUGUCCUGCUGAAAAACACCAUGUUAGCAGAUUUAGUGGAGGAAAUGAAGAAGACUGAAGAACUCCAAGCAUCUCCUGCUGAUCACUGCUAUGCUGGAGCUGAAGAUGUGGCCUGUGAUGUCUGCACCGGGAGAAAACUGAAAGCCCUCAAGUCCUGUCUGGUGUGUCUGGUCUCUUACUGCAAGAAACACCUUCAGCCUCAUUAUGAAUUACCUGUAUUUAAAAAACACAAGCUGGUGGUCCCAUCCAAGAAUCUCCAGGAGAACAUCUGCUCUCAUCAUGAUGAGGUGAUGAAGAUAUUCUGUCGUACUGAUCAGCAGUGUAUCUGUUAUCUCUGCUUAAUGGAUGAACAUAAAGCCCACGACACAGUCUCAGCUGCAGCAGAAAGGACUGAGAGGCAGAAAGAGCUCGAGGGGAGUCAACAAAACAUCCAGCAGAGAAUCCAGGACAGAGAGAAAGAUAUGAAGCUGCUUCAACAGGAGGUGGAGGCUAUCAAUCGCUCUGCUGAUAAAGCAGUGGAGGACAGUGAGAAGAUCUUCACUGAGCUUAUCCGUCUCAUGGAGAAAAUAAGCUCUCAUGUGAAUCAGCAGGUCAGAUCGCAGCAGAAAACUGAAGUGAGUCGAGUCGAAGAGGUUCAGGAGAAGCUGGAGCAGGAGAUGACUGAGCUGAAGAAGAAAGACGCUGAGCUGAAGAACAUCUCACACACAGAGGAUCACAUCCAGUUUCUACAGAACUACUCCUCACCGUCACCACUCAGUGAAUCUACAGACUCAUCCAGCAUUGAUAUCCGUCCUCUGCGAUACUUUGAGGAUGUGACAGCGGCCGUGUCAGAACUCCGAGAUAAACUACAGGACCUUCUGAAAGAGACAUGGGCUAACAUGUCACUGACUGUGACUGAAGUGGAUGUUUUAUUGUCAAAUCCACAACGAGAGCCCAAGACCAGAGCUGACUUCCUUAAAUAUUCACGUGAAAUCACACUGGAUCCAAACACAGCUCACACACAGCUGUUAUUAUCUGAGGGCAACAGAAAAGCUACAUUAACAAGAGACCAACAGUCUUAUCCUAGUCAUUCAGACAGAUUCUCUGUACAAUUUCAGGUCCUGAGUAGAGAGAGUCUGACUGGACCUUGUUACUGGGAGGUCGAGUGGAGAGGGAAUGGAGUUCAUGUAGCGGUCGCCUACAAGAAUAUCUGUGGAGGGGGGAGCUUGAAUGAAUUUGGACAAAAUAAAAUAUCCUGGGUUUUAAAAUGUGACAGAAGGCGUUACCACUUUUGGUACAACAAAGUCCAAACUUCCCUCUCAGGUCCUCAGUCCUCCAGAGUAGGAGUGUACCUGGAUCACAGGGCAGGUCUUCUGUCCUACUACAGCGUCUCAGACACCAUGACUCUCCUCUACAGAGUCCAGACCACAUUCACUCAGCCUCUCUACGCUGGACUACAGCUUUAUUAUCGUUUUGGAGACACAGCUGAGUUGUGUAAACUGAAAUAGACAGAAGUCAUUUAAGGGUUAAAUUCUGCGCUUUAACUCUUAAAUGUAUUUUGUCUCCAUGUUUGUUGCUGAGAGCUGAUUGUUGUGGCAUUUCUUCACUGCACAGAGAUCAGCUGUCAAUCAAACAUUAUGGGAUGUACUUUGACAUCUUCAUAUUAGUUGUUGUGUAAAUGGUUGUGUUUCUUUAGGUGACUCUCCUUCCUGUGUCUGUUUAGCCAUGGAGGCUAUCACUGAUGCUCAUGAUGAUGUUAGUUGAUCUGAAGUGAAAAUGUCAACUUCUCUGUUAUCUAAAUAUUUGAUUAAUAUUUGUAUUGAUUUAUUUGUAGGUUGUUGUUUCUCUUCCACUGCAUGAGUCUGAAGAGAGAAAGCACCAGACCUUCUUUAUCCUAGAUAUUUUAUUCUCUUUGUGUACAUAUUAAAUAUUUUUUUUGUUUGGCAGACCAAAUGUUAUUGUUAUAUUGUAUUAUAGAACUGUAUUCAUUCUGAUAAUAAUCAAUGAGUGAGAUAAGAUUCAAACAAGGCGAUUGUGUGGAUGAAGUGAAUCUGUUAACAUUUAACAGACGUUACUGAUGGAAUGUGUGAACAAACUGAAGGUUUACAUGAUGAAUAAACUAACAUGAACAAA